GGUUGUGAGUUGUAAAAAUAGGCAGAUGAAUGCGCACGUAAUGAAAUGUAAACAAAUAUAAGCGAAUAUUAUAUAUUCUAAAAAACUUGAAGGAUAUAAGAAAACUUAUUCCAUUAAGACGCAAACUCUACUCUAAGUUAUUGGUUUUUCGUUAUUUUUUUCAUGCCUAUCUAAAAACUGUAGUCUGUGUUUUGGGUGUGUUUUAUCUCUCUAAACUUCCUUCUGAAGUUAAAAAUGAGUAACAUCUAUAUUCAAGAACCUCCGAGUAGUGGAAAGGUUUUGUUAAAAACCACUGUUGGGGAUAUUGAUAUUGAAUUAUGGUCAAAAGAAACUCCUAAAACCUGUCGUAAUUUCGUCCAGCUGUGUUUAGAAAAAUACUAUGAUGGCACUAUUUUUCACCGUCUAAUCAAAGGAUUUAUUGUUCAAGGUGGUGAUCCCAAUGGAGAUGGCACAGGAGGAGAAUCUAUUUAUGGUGAACCAUUCAAAGUUACUGGACAUACAUUAUAUAACAUGUUGAAACUUGAAGAAAGCCUUGUUGAUCAAGAUGACAGGCCUUUGUACCCUCAUAAAAUAAUUUCAACGGAAGUUUUGUCAAAUCCAUUUCCUGAUAUUAUUCCUAGAGUCAUUGUUAAAGAAAAAGAAGAGAGAAAACUGGAAAAACCAAAGGAAAAAAUUAAAAAAAAUUAUAAACUCUUGUCUUUUGGUGAGGAGGCAGAAGAAGAUGAAGCUGAAAUUGAAACUGUUAAUCAGGUUUACAAAGGACAAAGUAAAAGUAGUCAUGAUCUGAUCGAUGAUCCAGAACUAAGCUCAGUACCUGCUGUAAAUAUAAAUGAAGGCUUCACAUCAAAAAACGAUUCCAGUUCAGCUACUUUAGAAAAUAUUCGUAAAAAGCUAGACAAAACUAGUGCUAAUGCUGAAAAACCAGUUGAAAAUGAUAAAAAUGUCCACAAAUCUGAAAAAGAUGAGGCUCUUGAUAAAAGGAAGGAAAUUCGUAGACAAAUAAAGGAAUUGAAGAAAGAAUUAAGUCAAAAGAAGGAAAAAGAACCGGAUGUUGCUUCAGUUGAAGUUGUAGAAGAAGUACCUGAAAAGGAAGAAAAUAGUGUAUUAUCUCUAUACCACAAACAGUUAGAGAAAUAUCAAGACAAAAGUAAAUCUAUAUCUCGAAAAGGAACAUCUGAGCGAGAACAACAAACACUGAAAUUUCUGGAAAAAUUCAGGACCACUUUACAAAGUGCAAAAACGACUGUCACAAAAAAAGAUGAGAUAAAGUCUUCUGAUGAAGAAGAUGAUGAAACAUGGUUAGCUCACUGUUUAAGAGCAGAAGAUCAAAAAUUAGUAUUAGCAAAGGAUGCUAAUUUGCCUACCGCUGAUCGAUAUGAUUUAACUGAUCCAAGAAAUCCUUUAAAUCAAAGAAGAAGGAAUGAAAAAAAGAUGAAAAAGUAACAUUUUCAUUCACAUUGAACUGUACUGUUAAAACCAAUUGUUUUUAACUUUUUGCUCUUAACUGUAAAUAUUAAAAUAAAACAUCCUUUUUAAAAAA